GUGCAUUUUGUUGGGUUGAUUUGGCUCGGGUCUAUUUGACAACUCUAAUUAGCCCACCAGGCCACCACACCUUCAUUACCAAAGUCGUUGAGAGAGUUAAAAACUUAAAAUCACUCUUCUUCUUCGUCCUCUAUCUCUCUCUCGUAUCUGGGUUAGAAGUGAAUUGAGGGCAAGUUUUAAUUUUGGUUUGGAGGAGAGAGAAAAUGCAGUUUUUUGGUGCAACAGAGAUAAACCCAUCACCACCAGCAGUUACAGCAGCUGGAAACAAUGCACACAUGAUAUAUAUAUUCAAUCGAAAUGGGGUUUGUUUGCUUUACAGGGAAUGGAAUCGCUCACUUCGCACUUUGAAUGUUCAACAAGAUCAAAAACUCAUGUUUGGUUUACUUUUUUCCCUUAAAUCUCUCACUGCAAAAAUGGAUCCUGUUAGUGCUGAAAAGGUUAACCUUGGGGUGCCUCAAUUGCCUGGUCAAGGGUGUUCUUUUCACAGUUUCCGCACCAAUACGUACAAGCUUAGUUUCAUGGAAACUCCAUCAGGAAUAAAGCUUAUAUUGGUCACUCAUCCUAGGACUGGUGAUCUACGAGAAUCACUGAAGUAUAUUUACAAUUUGUAUGUUGAGUACGUUGUCAAAAAUCCACUCUAUACUCCUGGAACUCCUAUCAAGUACGAGCUGUUCAACACUACACUAGACCAAUAUGUUCGAGGCCUGGGUUGAUGUCAGAAACGCGGUAAAGCCAGAAUUUAGUGCUGAAGACAGGAUUGCUUGAAUCUGGUCAAAAGUUCCCUUGUGAAUUUUUUUUAUUUGGGCCUUCUGCAGGAUAUUGCGUUCACUUGAAAGCGAGCAAGACUAGUAAAAUUUAGAGAAAGUUUCAUGAUCAUGUAUGUGGAUGGAAAUGGAACAAGUACAGUCUCUCGUAUCACUUGUAUGUAGGUUAAGGUUUGAAGGAUCUAGGCAUUCACCAGAAAUAUGAAAUAUUGUAGGUAUUUGAGAAUAUUGCUACAGAUACAAUAUUGUUCGUACGUCUACUUUUAGCAACACUGUUUUAUUUGCAGCAUUAUCUUGUAUUCUAUUUUGGUUUGCUAGUUAUCAAGUUACUAGAAAUACGCAAA